CUUGUAAACAGUACUGACAGUAGGAGGGACUUUUGAAUUUACGGUCCCACCCUCUGUCGUCAUACCGUCAUAUUCUCAGUGUGUGGUGGAAAAGGAAAAAGGCAACAGAAGGAAAAGGGGAAAAGGAAGAGUGGUCAGCAGGGCCGAGGGGAGAGACGAGGGAGGAAGUGGGCGUGCUUGUGUGGGUCAGGGAAAACAGAGCUGCCAUGGAUUGUUUCUAGGCUGAUCUACUCCACACUACUGACAGUUAACUUCUGUCAUUGUCCGUGGCUUUAAAUGUCAUCUGCCAUGGCAAAGCGUGAGGCUGGGAGCACCAGCCCUGUGGUGCGUCAGAUAGACAAGCAGUUUCUGGUCUGCAGCAUUUGUCUGGAUCACUACUCCAACCCCAAGGUCCUGCCCUGCCUGCACACCUUCUGUGAAAGUUGUCUCCAGAACUACAUUCCCCCAGAAUCUCUGACGCUCUCGUGUCCAGUGUGUCGGCAGACGUCCAUCCUGCCAGAGAAAGGAGUUUGUGCUCUACAGAACAACUUCUUCAUCACUAAUCUCAUGGAGGUUCUUCAACGAGACCCAGAGUGCUCACGGCCGGAGGCCUGUAGUGUCCUGGAGUCAGUCAGCGCUGCAGCUGCAGGGAAGCCCCUCUGCUGCCCAAACCACGAGGGAAAGGUGAUGGAGUUCUACUGCGAGUCGUGUGAGACAGCCAUGUGUUUGGACUGCACAGAGGGCGAGCACCGGGAGCAUGUGACUGUUCCUCUGCGGGAUGUCGUGGAACAGCACAAGGCUGCUCUGAAGACACAGCUGGAUGCCAUACUUAGCAGGCUUCCUCAGUUAACAGCAUCCAUCGAGCUGGUGACUGAGAUCUCCCGCCAGCUCAAUGAAAGGAAGAAUGAGGCGGUGGCAGAGAUUACCAGCACGUUUGAAGAGCUGGAACGGGCGCUGCAUCAACGCAAGACGUCCCUCAUCACAGACCUGGAGAACAUCUGCAGCACUAAGCAGAAGGUCCUGCAGGCCCAGCUUUCAUCUCUCCUCCAGGGGAAGGAACACAUACAGAGCAGUUGCAAUUUCACUGAGCAGGCUCUCAGCCAUGGGAGUGCUACUGAGGUGCUGCUAGUUCAGAAGCAGAUGAGUGAGCGGGUAACAGCGCUGGCCAGACAUGACUUCCCAGAGAAACCACAUCAGAAUGCACACCUGGAUUGUCAGGUGGAGACUGAAGGUCUGCGACGCUCCAUUCAGAACCUGGGAGUUCUCCUCACCACAGCCGCUGUCGCUCACACCUCGGUCGCCACAGGAGAGGGCCUCCGCCAUGCAGCUACUGGGCAGCACCACACCAUAACUGUGACAACAAAAGACAAAGAUGGGGAGUUGGUGCGGACAGGAAAUGCUGUUUUAAAAGCAGAGAUAACGUCUGUCGACGGGAGCCGUGUUGCAGAGGCGGAUAUAGCGGACAAUAAGAAUGGGACUUAUGAGGUGGGCUACACGUUACGCUCUGAGGGAGAGUACUCUUUCGCCCUGUUGCUGUACGGCCAGCCGAUACGUGGCAGCCCGUUCCGCCUGCGGGCGAUCAAGCCCUCAGAUGUGCCACAAUCUCCAGAUGACGUGAAGAGGAGGGUGAAGUCUCCCAGCGGGACAGUGGGCCACAUACGGCAGAAAGCAGUGCGUCGUCCUUCCAGCAUGUACAGCACCACCAAGAAAAAGGAGAACCCCAUUGAGGAUGAGCUCAUCUACAGAGUGGGUUCCCGGGGCAGAGAAAAAGGGGAGUUCACAAAUCUGCAAGGAAUAUCAGCCUCUUGUAACGGCAGAGUGGUGGUGGCCGACAGCAACAAUCAAUGCAUACAGGUAUUCUCCAAUGAUGGACAGUUUAAGAUGCGCUUUGGGGUCAGAGGUCGAUCUCCAGGUCAGCUGCAGAGACCGACAGGCGUCACUGUGGACAUGAACGGUGACAUUGUGGUGGCCGACUACGACAAUCGAUGGGUCAGCAUCUUCUCCUCUGACGGCAAAUUUAAGAAUAAGAUCGGUGCAGGUCGGCUCAUGGGUCCUAAGGGUGUCGCUGUGGACAAGAAUGGACACAUCAUUACUGUGGACAACAAAGCAUGCUGUGUCUUCAUCUUUCAAUCCAAUGGGAAGUUGGUGACCAAGUUUGGAGGCAGGGGGACGUCUGACAGACAGUUUGCAGAAAAACUUGGUCCAAACUUUAAUAAAUCUGGCUCAGUUUUCAGUCCGCACUUUGUUGCAGUGAACAACAAAAAUGAAAUAAUUGUGACUGAUUUUCACAAUCAUUCCGUAAAGGUGUACAGUGCAGAUGGAGAGUUCUUGUUCAAAUUUGGCUCUCAUGGUGAAGGCAAUGGCCAGUUCAAUGCUCCCACUGGUGUGGCUGUGGACGCCAACGGAAACAUCAUUGUAGCUGACUGGGGUAACAGCAGAAUACAGGUGUUUGAUAGCACAGGUUCCUUCUUAUCUUAUAUUAACACCUCAGCAGACCCGCUGUACGGACCCCAAGGGCUCGCCCUCACCUCAGAUGGACAUGUGGCUGUUGCCGACUCCGGAAACCACUGCUUUAAGGUUUACAGAUAUCUGCAGUAGGCUGAGGGAUUACAUGGCAGACACAGCCUUUGCUUAGACAAGUUAAAAUCACGCCCUGCUUAUGGACAUUGAGCUGCAACGUGACUGCACACUUCACAAUGGCCCCAGGUUCCACAAAUGCAUUUUCUUUUAAUUUUAUCUGUACAUACUUUAGAAGAUCCAAUAUUCAGAGCUUAAGAAGAACAAUUUGGAGAAAAAUGUUUACAUAAAAACAACCAAAACACAAAAUUAAAAUGUAUUUUAAAGACAAAAUAAACUAGCUACUCAAAUAUAAUUGCAAGAAGUGACAUUAAUUCCCUCUCUGAGGAAAAGAAAUCUCAGGAGAUUAUCAUUGUGAAAUAAAGGUUUUAAAAGAGAUGAAAAAAACAUCCCAUGAUUGGAUUUUGAUUACUUUUUCUACCUUAAACUUAGGAGCUUUAACCACACCCCGUGAAGAAAUAAACUGAACUGGAAAUUAACUUCUGGAACAAGGUGUUACAGCUAUAUUUCUCAAUACAGAAUGUGUGACCGCAUCAGUAGGUGGCCCGCCAGUCUGAAGUUGGUGAUACACUGCAAUUUAUUUGAGCAAUGCAGAUGGGCAACACUCCCAGCAACCAGCAAACAAACCUAGAAACAGAUGCAGAAGUGUACUAUCGGUUUCCUAAUUCUGCUUUGUGAUGAAAUAACAAUGCUCAGGCCUUUCCUUGAACACUGUUGCAUGUCUGCGUGCUCUUAAAAUUUACCCUGUCAUCACUGCCUUCAACUUUUUCUUUCAUAAACAUAACAUAUGCAGACAGGAAUGUGUUGUUUAAAAGGAAUUGUUUCUCAUUCUCCUUUUGCACCUUAUCAUUCUGACAAGAUCCUUGCACAUGGAUAUAGAUUUUUUUUUCUUUUAAAUCAUAAAAUGAUUUGACCUAAAUGCUAGUUUUUAUUUGUUUUGUUUUGUUACUCAAAGACAAGAAGCAAGAAGCACAACAGUCAAUAGAACAACAAGGUUUUUUGAACACAACAUUUAGUUAGUCUUCUUCUUUUAUUGACAAAACAAACUUCUUAUAUCUGACCCCACUAGUUCUUGUACUUCUGUGUAUUCAUAUCUACAACCUAAUGUAGUUGUACAUACGGUAUGCAUAUUUUGGUGUACAAAUGGAUUUGGUGUCCAUGUUAUUUCACUAUAUAUCCUACUUAAUGAGUCAACACUGGAUCAUAUACUAAUACAGUAGAAGGUAAUGCCAAGUAGUAGCCAACUGAAUGACUUGCAACCAACAAUGGAAUAAAAAAUUGUAUACACAUUAUUUGCUGUAUUUUUUUUUUUUUUUCAAAGGACUUAAUUUAUUUUUUUCUUUCCUUUUCUACAUAUUUUGCUCUAAAAUGUAUUUUUCUAAUUGGUGCAUUUUGACUGUCUUUGUAUAUAGGCCUUGUAACUUGUAGCACUGAAAGCCGCUCUCUCUCGCCUCUUCCCAGAGCUCACAUCCUAUUAAACAGUAACUUUUCCUGCUGCCAAAACGCAUCGUUGUAAGUUGUUGUUGAACAUUGCACAAAAAUACAAAUAUUAUAAUAAUUAUAAAGUUUGCAAGAGUAAUAUAUGCCUAUAUCUGUAUAGUAUCAUGUAACAUAAUCAGAUAGUUUACUGUUUAUUACAAUCACAUUUUUGUUGUAGUUGACAAGCACUUUCAUCUUGGGUUUAUCCAGUAUUUGUAUUCAUUUGCUUGGUUGUUCGGUGUUUUGAAGGUUUUCUGUGUGGCCCUUUUUCAGGAACACAACAACAUUUUUUUAUUUUAUGAAUAAACUGUCUGUCCCCAAUAAUUGAUCAGUUAUCCAUUCCUUUCUUUCCAUCUGCAUUUCACAUUUUAAUCACUUGAAAUGCAUUUGAAAAGUUGACUUUAUAAUCCAUAAAUCAGACCCCUGUGAUCCUGUCUCACCGUCUCUGUUACUAACCUACUCACAUCUGUGUGAAAUAAAGGAAGCACAUAUAUAUGGUACAUCAGCCAUCUUGUGUAGCCUACUGUAUACUACAAGAGGCCAAUUUUACAAUAAGUAAUCCCUAAAUUUAUGUUAUGGCAAAAGUAUGACUGUAAAUAUUAAAGAAUUACACUAUGAACUAUUGUGCAAAUGCUCUGUUUUGUUCAAUAACACUUG